UGUUGGCCAAUCAAACGUCAGGAGCAAAAAUUCAAACUGAGAAAAGCGCGUUGGUCUUCCUGCUCGCAUUUUGUGUUGUUUUUGGAGAUAGACCGAAGGAGCGAAGAUGACAGAGGAGUCAGCGGUAAAAGUCUGCGUUCGAGUCCGUCCGCUUAUUGCGAGGGAAGAGAGUGCAUCCGAGAAUGCAGAGCCUGUCCAGAUUUUCUGGAAAGCUGACAAGAAAUCAAUUCAUCAGAUUGAUGAUGGAAAUUCCACCAAGAGCUUCAGCUUUGACCGAGUGUUUGCCGCUGAUGAAACGACCAGUCAGCUGUACAAUGACAUUGCAAAGCCUCUGGUUGUUUCCACUGUCGAGGGAUACAACGGAACCAUAUUUGCUUACGGGCAAACUUCUUCUGGAAAGACCUUCACCAUGAUGGGGACCAGUCGCACCCUCGGAGUGAUACCUCAAGCUGUGGAGGAUGUCUUUCAAACCAUUAAGAAUUUUCCCAAGAAGGAGUUCCUUCUCAGAGUGUCCUACAUGGAGAUCUACAACGAGACUGUGACGGACCUGCUUGUCGACAGCUGGAAAAGAAAACCUCUAGAAGUCAGAGAACAAAUCAAUAAAAACAUCUAUGUGGCUGAUUUGACUGAAGAGUUGGUUACAUCUCCUGCACAAGUCCUGGCAUGGAUUCGGAAAGGAGAAAAGAACCGACAUUAUGGAAAGACAAAAAUGAACCAGCGGAGCAGCCGAUCGCACACUAUUUUCCGGAUGAUCCUGGAGAGCCGGGAAAGGAGCGACCCAGCAUCAGGUGAAAGUAGUGAUGGAGCCAUCAUUGUGUCUCAUUUGAAUUUAGUGGAUCUGGCCGGAUCUGAGAGAGCAAGUCAAACUGGAGCUGAAGGUACACGUUUCAAAGAAGGCUGUAAUAUAAACCGCAGCUUGUUCACGCUCGGCCAAGUGAUAAAGAAACUGACCGACGAAAACCAGAAGGGUUUCACCAACUACAGAGACAGUAAACUGACCCGCAUCCUGCAGAACUCGUUGGGUGGGAAUGCUAAAACUGUCAUUAUCUGCACCAUCACCCCAGUCACUCUGGAUGAGACCCUCAGCACUCUACAGUUUGCAAGCACAGCAAAGAAAAUGAAGAACGACCCUCACGUAACAGAGGUGUCAGAUGAUGGGGCUCUGCUCAAAAGGUAUCGCAAUGAAAUUGCAGAACUCAAGCGACGACUUCACGAGGUUUCUUCAGUCACGCAGACCACUGUGACAGAGAAGGAGGUUCUCUCCCAGCUGCUCCAAGAGAAGGAUCAGCUGCAGAGAGAAAAAGAGGGCCUGAAGAGAAAUCUGGCCAAUCUCCUUGUGACAAGCUCAAAUCUGGUCCCAGUCCAGAAGAUGCCAAGCCGCAGGGUUACCUGGGGAGGAAAGAUGGUAAAACUUGGCCAUCCAUCUGGCUGUGUGGGGAGUUUCUCUGAUCUCAGCUUUGCAGAAUCUUUCACUCAGAAGAGAACUCUGUCAGACUUCUCCUGCCUGAUGGAGCUGGGUGAAGAUGAUGAGGACUUUGAGUCCAACUGGGGAAUUCCAGAGGAGCCGUCAGAUGAAAUGGAAAUGAGUCGAAGCUCUGUGACUGUUCGUAGCUUUGGAGACAGUCCCAGAGACUUCAUGUCUCCUGAUCGGCUGCAAGAACUUUCAGGCAAAGUGUCCAGUCUGGAGAUGCAGCUGGAACAGGAGAGUCAGGAGAAAGAGACGGCCCUGUCAAGUUUAGAUGUGUUAAAGGGCAGAGUGGCAGAGCUGCAGCUGGAGCUGGAAACAGAGAUGCAGCAUAGACAGGAAGCACUGGAAAAAGUGCAGACUGGAGAACAGAGGAGAGCAGAGCUGGAAGCGCUGCUGCACACUGAAGCUCAGCAGAGGCUGGAGGCCACACAGAAGGCUGACACGUUGGAGCUGAGAGUGACAGACUUGGAGAAACAACUGGGAGAACACAGUGACGCAGACACUGAGACAAAUGAACAGAUGAGAAAAGAGUUUGCUGAGACCAUCCAGCUUUGUGAAACUUUGGCGUCAGAGAAGGACUUGGUGGCUGCAGAGCGAGACUACCUGAAACAGGAGCUGGGCAUGUUUAUAGAGCAAAUGGAGCGUCUGGAAAAAGAGAAGGCUGCUGUAUUACAGGAGCUAGAGGAGAAGAGGGAGAUGGACGAGUUUAAAUCUCUAGAAGAGGGGUGCAGGAAGGAGAACGAGAAAGAGUUAGAAAAUGAAAUUGUAAGCUUGAAGAAAGCUGUUGAGUCCUCUGAACUCCAGCGCAUGCAGCUCCAGAAUGAAAUCAAGACUCUGACUGAACAGCUGAAGAAGAAGGAAACAGAAUUUGCACAUGAGAUGGAGAACCUGGGCAGUAAGGACUUGGUGCAGGAGGUGGUGAAGCUUCGCCGCUCUCUGGAUGAUGCAGAGCUGCUGAGCAGAGACACAAGGAAGGAGUGGGCUGUCCUACGCAGUCGCAGCAUCUCUUUGGAGGAGACGAAUGUGACUCUGACUGCCAGCCACGAGAAAAUGGAGGCGGAGGUGAAGAGUCUGCGUCUUCAGCUGGAGACGGAGAAGUCACGUUACAGAAAGAUGCAGAGCGAUCUCCAGAAGGAGCUGAAUGUCGCAUUUGAUGAGAACACCAAGCUCACCACUCUGCUAGACGGCAAUGUGCCUAAAAAUCUGAUUGACAGCAUAGAGCUUGAGAGAACCGUGGCCAAUCUAAAUAAAGAGUUGAUGGCAUCUCGUCAAGUGGAGACGGCCUUGAGAGCUCAGCUAGAUGAGCUGGCUGCAUGUCAGACUCUCCCAGAUAAAGUGGACGCCUUGGUAAAGCAGCUUGAAGGAAGUGAGCAGGAGCGAGGAGCUCUGGAAGGAAAACUGAGCGAGGUGCAGCAGCUGAUCAAGGAUUUGGAGGAGAAGCUUGCUGACAGCGAAGCUUCCAGAAGCACUGAGGAGGAGAUUAGCAGAGAGCUUCAAGAACAAAUCAGCCAGUUAAAUGAAGAACUUCGGUGUGUGCGAGCUGAGAAAGCCGAGCUCCUGUCCGAGCAGAGCACUGGCCUUUAUGCUGCGCAGUGUGACUCGCAGCAAUGGUCCCUGGUCAGCCCUGACUUUGUGUUAAAGGUGGAGACACUGCAGUCUGAGAUAAGGACUCUGACCGAUGCAUUGAAAAUGGCUGAAGCAGAAGGAGCACAGCUGCUGUCUGAGAAGGAGCUCAGCACUCAGACCUCCACAGAGGAGAUGGAGAAGCUGCUGUGCAGAGUGACGUCUGUCAGCGAGGAGAGAGACGAGCUGCAGGAGAUCCUGGAGGGUCUGAGGCAGGAGAAGCAGCAGCUCCAAGCAGAGCUGGAGGACAGGAUGCAGAUGAUCUCAGCCAUCCAGGACAAGCUGAGUCAGCUGGAACAGCUGAACAUGCAGCAGCAGCAGCCUGAGAGAGGAGAGCAAGAAGCCAAGCUGCAACAAGACAUACUGCAGCUUAAAGAGCAAGUUCAAAUGCACACAGAAAGACGCGCUCAGGCUGAAAGUGAAGCAGAUGCAGUGCAGCAGUUGCUCAGCGAAGCGAAUGCAACCAUCUCUGCUCUCAGAGAGCAGCUCAGCAGGUCAGAGCCGAGCACCAGCGGGGCUAAGGAGCUGCUGUCGUCACGACUGCAAGACUCCACCACACAGCUUGAGGAGUCCUUCAAAAGGUUCCAGCAAUUCAUAGACACUUGUUGUAGUUAUGACAAUAUAACUCAGGACAAGGGCCUGAGGGAGCGGCGUUCCCUGAAGCAUCCUCUUCCCAAGGCCACCAAGGAUGCCUAUGAUGCAGUCUUUCAGCUGGGAAAAAUGAGCAGCAUUUUGGACAAGCUCUGGGACCACAUGACCUCCUACCUCCAUGAGCUGAAGGGUGAGAUUCAAGAACGAUUCAAGUUCAAUAAGCAGCUGCAGGUCCUGAUCACCAACCAGCCAAUUAGCUUCAGUGGGCUGGACAGCAUCCUGGAGCCGGAGUCUGACCGCAGAACGGCGAGGAUACAAAGCAAGAAAUGUCUUCUGCAGAGUAUCACUGAUGAGCAGAAGGGUCAGUUUGAAGAGCUAAAACAGCUGGAGGCUGAGGCCGAGUCUCACCUUAGGGAGGUGAAAAGCAAAAGUUCCACUUUGCUGCAGGCGCUGGAGGAGGGAGCGCUUCUGACAGUCGCAGCUCUGCUGAAGGAAACCCAGCAGCUAGCUUCUCAGCUGAAACACGCAGAGGAAAAAGUGAAAGCUCUGCAUAUUCAAAAUGAGCAGCUGGAGGAGGCACGCAUCAAAGCUGACGCCAAAGUUUCCAACCACAAAGAGGCAACACAACUCCUGCAGACUGAGCUGCAGGACAACCGUGCACUAGUUGAAGAGAAAGAGAACGCUAUACAAGCUCUGAAGAGCAAAAUUCGAGAAUCUGAGAAAAAAUCAUCACCCAGUGUGGCUGAGCUGGAGAAGCUUCAGACCAAGCUGUUGCAGUUGGAGAUGAAGCUCAGCUCAGCAUCCGACGAACACAAACGAGAGAUCCAGGCGAUGAACACACUGUUGGAGGAAAAAGAAGAGUUACUGAGGAAGCUUAAAGAAACUCUGAGAAAAUCCCAACAGGAGGGAGAAGAGUCGUUCUUGCAGGGUAAGGACCUUCAUGCCAGACUGACCAACCCCAGGAGUUCUGUGGUCAGCAGCAGUAUUCUGAUGGAGAAAUCCAAGCUGGAGAAGGAAGUCAGCCAGCUUCACAUGAAAAUCACAGAACUGGAAAGGUAACAGCAUCAGGACUGUCUUUGCAACCAAUACAAUCGCGACGUG